AUGGCUGGCCUUUGUUCUGCUGUUCUGCUGUUCUGCUGUUCUGCUGCUCUCUCUAUUGUGUUGCGGUGGCACAGUGUCGAGGACUGCCCUGAGCGGAUCCGCGCAAAGGUCAGGCAGUUUGGUGUGCGGAUCCAACAACUUCCCAACACCGUCCGGCACCCCAGCAGCAUCCACAAGAGUCGGCUUGGUCCUUGCGGCACUGGCGGCGACCUCAAUCAAGGAUAG